AUGGAUGUUGACACAAUAUCAAAUAACGAUAAUAAUUUGAAUAAUCAUAACGAUAGUUGGAAUAUUAAUGAUGAUGCUUCUUCUAAUUAUGUACCUUGGCCUGACAAUUAUAAUACGAUCGAAACUUCUACCUGGGAUACACCCGAUGAUAAAACUGUUGUAGCAUCACCUUCCAACAAUUAUUUAGAUGAUUCCUGCAAUUGGACUAAUAAUGACUUUGAUGACUUUUUCGAAAACUCUCUUGAAAGAUUUAAAAAUGAUUUAUUACGAGUUUUUACUGAUUUUUAUUAUGAAUGGCAAGAAUGUCCUUCUAGUGAAAGGUCUUCAACUUCAUAUGAUAAUCAGAAACAAAUUGUUAAUGUUAACGAAAUUGAUGGUGAACUUGUUAUACAUGUGGAACUUCCUGGUUUUCGUAUGGAAAAUAUUAAUGGUAGGAUAAUAGAUUAUUCAAGAUACUUUGGAACUAUCGUCUUUCCAUACAAUAUUGAUACUGGAAAGUCGCAAUUGUUCUUUGAUCAAAGCACUUUAGAAAUUAAGGUUUUUCGUGCUGAAUAUGUUCAUGAAAGCCUCAAUGAUUGGAAACUCUUUAAUAAUGAUUUUGAAAAAUUUUUGAAUGCUAUUAGCAUGCUAGAUAGUGGUGACAGAAAAAUUCGCGAUCAGGUGAUUUCCGAACCCUAUCGACCUAAGUUAAAUC